AUGGAAGAAGUUGAUAGAAUUUUAAUACAAAGUUUACGUGAUAUUGGAUGUCAAAUAGAUGAUUCAAUUCAAAAUAUAAAUGAAUUUGAUGUAAACACUCUUUUUGGUUGUGUUUCACAAUGUCUUCAAUUAAUUACUGGUAAUAAAGAUUUACCCACACGUUUACCAGCAAAUAUAUCAACACGAUUUAAAAUUUGUGGUGAAUUAGCACAACUUUGUCAGUCUAAUGGUUAUAAAGGCGAUAUUGGAUAUCAAACAUUUCUUAGUAUAAAUGAAAGUGAAGCAAGAAAAUUACUUAAUUUUCUUAUUGAAAAAGUACCAAGAGAAAUUGCCGUUAGUAUUGCAUCUACAACACUUGAUCCUUGGGAAGUUCUUGAUCGAGUCUUAUCAAAUAAAAUUACAACUCAACUAGCUGAAUCAACAUGGGUACCACAUGAUCUUAUUACUAAUUUUUGUCAUAUUCCAUUUUAUCAUUCAGCUGCACCAUUUGCUCAUAAAUCAGGUUUCACACCAGUAUAUCAUAAUCAAGUUUCAUCUCUACAUGUUCCUCCAAUAAAUGGCAAGAAUAAAUUAUCAACUGAUUUAAAUUCAUACGUUUUCGAACAAGUUAAUUUUCGAAACUUAGCUGAUUCAUUAAUAUAUGAAAAUCAAGUAGCUUGUUGGCUAGAAAAACAACGUGAAUCUAGUUAUUUGAUUCCAGGUCAAUUAAUAACACAUGUAUUUUCAAAAGAUAUUUGUCAACAAAUUCAAGAAGGUGAUACUAUUGGUGCUAAAUAUGAAUAUAAUCGUAAUGAUAUGAAAAAGAAAGGUGACGAGUCUUUAUUAACACGAUCACGUUUUAUGCAUACAAAUAUUCAUGAUCAAGACACAAAUGGUUUAGAUGAAAAUCCUAGACGAAAUAUUGAUCAUACUGAAGAAUUAGAUACAUUAAAAGGAACUAUUAAUGAAAAUGAAGAACUUAUUCGUGAACUUGAAUUACAAUUACAGAAAUUAGAAGAAAGUAUUAAAAAAUACGAACGAUUUUCUGAUGAAAAACAAACAGAAAUUGAUGAGAUAAAUAAAAAUAUGACAGUAAAGAAACAAGCAGCUACGUUUUUAUUAUCAGUUGAUCCUGAAACCGAACGUUUACAGAAAGCUAUUGAUAAAUUAAAAACAAAAUUAACUACACUUGAAACUCAAUGGUCUGAUGCUCGUUCAAGUCUUGUUGAACAACGUGAUAAAUAUCUUCAAGCACUUAAUGAUCGUUCAGCAAAAUAUAACGAUAAAGUAUUACAAAUAAAUGAUAUGAAAUCUAAAGGACGAUUAAUAGCAAAUGAUAUAAAAGAUAAAGAUGAACAAUUAACUCAUCUUCAAAAUGAAUAUGAAAAACAUAAAUCAUCUAUAUCAAAAAAUGAUCAUUCAAGAUCAUUUUUUACAAAACAAAUACUUGAAAUAGUUACAAAUACAAAUAAACAAAAAGAAGAAAUCAAUAAAACAAUUAUUGAAACACGUAUUUUACAAAAAGAUUUAAAUCGAUUAACAGAAAAACUUGAACGAACAUUUCAAGUUACCGAUAGUCAAUUAUUUAAAGAUGCUAAAACAGAUGAAUGUGCACGACGUUCAUAUAAAAUGUUAGUUUCAUUUCAUUCGGAUUGUGAUUCUAUUUAUAAAAUUGUUGAAGAUAUUGGUGUUAUUAUACGUGAAGUUCGUGAAUUAGAAGAUCAAAUUGAAGUUGAAUCACAAAAAAAUAUGACGACGAAUUUAGAAACAUUAAUUGGUGAAUAUAAGAAAAUUCGUGAUGAAAAUACAGCUUUAAAAGGUGGAAAAAAAUAA